AUGAUCACGGGGACCUUGCUUAGUACCAUUCUCUACAGAACAUGGUUCCAUCCUCUGCGACAAUUCAAAGGCCCGCUCCUUGGCCGACUAUCCAAGGCUUACGUGUUAUUCUUGAGCAUGAAGAAUACGCAGCUGUUCAUUGAAACACGGAAACUCCAUGAACGAUAUGGGGACUUCGUUCGUGCUGGCCCCAACGAUCUUUUUAUCAGCGAUCCUGCUGCUAUCAAGGCUAUUCACAGCAAGACGACCUCAUGCAUCCCAGGGCCUUGGCAUGAGUACUGGGACUUAGCGUUCAAGGAAAACGGUGAGGAAAACGAGUCACGAGUGAAGGAGAUAACCAAGAUGUUCUUGGGGAGAAUUGAGAAUAAGAAAGAAUCUCCGAUAGAUAUCACAGAAUACCUUCACUUCUGGAUCAUGGAUAUCGCAGCAAAAGCCGCAUUCGAUGAGUCACUUCAUCUUGUUGAAGGAGCAGAUGAGGACCAAUUUCUCAAUAGCAUUGCAGCGUUUACGCACUUUUUCGGUGUUUACGGACAUCUCACGUGGAUUGUGCCUUUCAUAAACAAUAUCCCAAUGAUAAAGCACAAGCUCCAGACCUUUAUUAACAAAGCUACUGGGCACAUGAAGCAACGAAUGGAGCGAAAGGAUGAGCGGCUCGAACACACGACCUUUGGAUCUUCCCGCACAGUCCCACCCGCUAUCUCAGCGCUCCUAUCCUCUUCGGCCAUCGUCGGACUCAUCUACAAUCAGUACAUUCGGAGCCGCUGGCGUGGGUGGUGGAAGGAGUCUAACUAUUUUUUAUUGGGGGUGGAGGAGAUUCGCCCUCCACCGGCCAAACGACAGAAGCGUGGUAAGCUCGAGCGCACCGCCUAUUUGCUUAGUGACUAA